AUGAGAAGACAACCACCUUCGUCAUCGCCCAAUAGUAGUAAACCACAACAACAAUCAACAUCUGCAAAUGUGCAACAACAAUCAAAUAAUAUAGUUCCUAAUGUAGCCGUCAGUGAAACUAAUUCAAAGAUUUUAUCAUUGGUGAUUGUGGAUUGUUCAAGCCAAAAUAUUAUUGCUGAAGCAGCAGUACCAGUUAUUCAAAUUUCAUCAUCAAAUGCUAUUCAAAAAGAAUGGUUCAACGCUAAAAAAGGAAAUGAAAUUAUUGCAAGUAUUCAAGUGACAAUAGCAUUGGAUUAUUUUCUUCAAGUGACAUCUUCUUCCCCUCAAAAACCUGCAAAAAUUCAGAAAGAAAUAGAAAGUGACUCAACAAGAGAAACAGAAAAGAAGCAAGAAAAGAAAGAACAGAAACCACAAGUACUGAAACACUACGAUACAGAUCCAGCAGAGGAUGAAAAAACUGAAAAAGCUCCAAAAAAAACCGUAUCAAAGACAGUAACAAUACGGGAGCCUUCAAGCAAUAGCUUUGAACCAAAAAAGGUAACUGAUCCAAUUGACGAUCUAAUUCAGAAUGCAAAUAUGCUAGAAAAUGAAGUGAAAAAGUAUUUAUCAGAAAGCAAUGUACCAUUUUUCGAUAUACACUCUUUUAAUAACAGAGAAUCUACGGAUGAAGUUCCCUUCUUCUUGAGGGAUCAGGAGGAAGAUGAUAAUUUCUCUGCUUCCAUAUCAACGAUUUCUCCACGAGCUAGUUUUGAUGAAACCCAUCUCUCUGAGGAAGAGCCUGAGGAAGAAGAAACCCUUGCUCCUCCAAAAAUUCCAAUUCAACCUCCCCAACCUGUAAUAUACCACUUUUUCCAAUCACCUCCUCCUCAACCUCAAUAUCCAACCAAAAAUAAUUCACCUACCAUUGCAGAGAGAAAGGUAAAAUCACCUAAGGAAGAAAAAUAUACCCCUGCUGAGCCUAAACCAAUAGCAAGUCAGGAAAAUCCAGUCUUCAGACACCUCCACACUCACAUUCAUGUUGAUGAAAAACCACCAGUUAAAACCAGAUACAUGUUUCCAAAUAAGGAGGAACCAGUGAUUGGACAUUAUGGAGCAUUUUCAUGUAGCAAUCCUGUUUCGGAUGAAGUGAUUUUGGAAAUGAAUUGCGUGCUGGCAUUCGGUACAGAGUUCCAGGUCAAGGGAUUCCUCAAUUAUCAGAGAGCUGCAAUGACGAUUCAGAAUUUCGUAAGGUCUUCCCUCUCAAAAUCCAGAGAUAAACAUCCUGAAGAAAGAGACAUGAUAGAAGAUAACAAACGCUUUAAACCAAGACCAAAUGAUGAAAUCGAACAACCACGAGAAGAAUACGAAGAAGAGGAACAGUAUCACGAAGAAGAUCAAUACCCUAUUACCGAAAGCCAAGAUAUUGUUCAUCCUAUCUCUAAACCAAGUUCUCGAAAUCACCAAGGUCAACAACAACCUGUUAAUAUACCAAAAUGUAUACCUCUUCCUGUGUUGUCAUGUUUGACGGUGAGAAUCAAUAGAGCAACUGGAUUGAAAGAGGCUGCCAUUAAAGUGGGCUCAUACAAUUCACACCUUAGAGCAGCAUCACAAAUUGGUGUGAAUCCAUUCAUUGAGUUUGACAAUAUUAGUGGAGGUAAACCCAUUCAAACACCAAUAUUAGCCAAAACAUUUUGUCCAGUGUGGGACUUUGAGCAUACUUUUGAGAUAUUUAUUGAUGAGUCAAUGUUCCAUACUUUGAAUCAUGAUGAGAUCAUUUUCAAAGUUUUCCAUAGAAUUCCUCAAUCUAGGAUUGUCAGUCCCAAUACCCCAACAGUAAUUCAACUUGGAACAGUUGCGAUACCUUUAAAGUAUCUAUUGAAAUGUAAGAAUGGUAUUUCAGGUUGGUUUGAUGUUUAUGCACAAGAUGAAUCCAUUGUUGGUACUGUAGAUAUUAGUAUGACCUUUGAUGAGAAUACUGUUAACAACCUGUUUUUGAAAGAGCCUAAUUCCAAAGUGGUUCAAUCAAACAAACCUUCCCAUUCCAUUUGCAGGUUUACUAUUGUCAUUGAAGAAGUGAAUAUACCAACAGAGGUUACAGAGAGUCUAGUGCCAUUUUACAUGUCAGAACAAGAGCAACCAAUACCUUGCUUUUUCUUUUUAUCUUACAGAUUGUUGGGAGAAGAUUCUGUCAUUGAUAGCAGGCUGUAUAAAUCUUCAACUAAUGUUUCAAAGACAAUACUACAUCAUACUACAGAGUUUAAGAAGGUUAUUGACUCCAAGUUCAAGAAGUUGGUAGAAAAGGAAAAGAUGACAAUACAAAUUUAUUGCUCUAUUGAUAACGGAAAACCAGCAGACGAGCAAACCAUUAGGAAAAGAGCCAAACUCAUUGGUUGUGUCUAUAUUGACUUGAAAAAGUUGUUUGAAAAGGGAAAUCAAAAAACAGCCUAUAUAAGUGGAAUUUACAAUAUUAUUAACACUGAAUCGGAUAAUCUCAAUAAUGGAAAUGUUAAAAUCAAACUAGGAUGUGAAAAGAUCAAUUUUGGAGAACACCAACAAAAGAUCAGAGAAAGCCUCAUUCUCAACAGUAAUAACUUUAAAAAUAUUGGUGUUCAAGCCAAUACGAGCUUUUCUCUUCAAUCUGAAGAUGACUCUCAAUUUAUAGAGCAAAUGGAGGAGCCAGAAGUUACUAUGGAUGAAAAAGCUCUGAAAAUAACAGAAGAGUACUUGAAGGUUCAAAGCACUUCAAGAAAGAGAGUCAAGGUUCAAACAACAUUCUCUCCUAAUCAAUCUGUAAUAGAAGAACCAGAGGUCAAUAGUCCAGUAAUUCCCUCCAAGGCACCUUUGAACUAUCUCAACAUUAACAUUGAAGAGGCUAAUUUACCAAAAAUUUAUGGAUAUCAUGGUGUAAAACCAAGGAAUCCAUACUCUUUUGUGAGACUUGUUCAUCCAACUGGAGAUUUGGAAAAGAGAGAGUACAGAACCAGAUCAAUUGAAAAUGAGUGCAAUCCCCACUGGGAUGAAUACUUACAACUUCCAAUAUUUUCUCAAAUUGAAAAUCUUUCCCUUCAAGUUUUCAGCAAGGACGAAAGCAAAGAUUACUUGAUAGGUAUUUCUAAUAUUGAUCUAUCUGGUCUGUGGUAUGGUCUGAAAAAAAUAGAUGGUUGGUAUCAUAUUGAAGACGCUGAAAAGUCGAAAAUUGUUGGACAAAUCAAGAUUAGUAUUUCACCCGAGUUGUCUGUAAACAAAAUUUCAUCUCCCCAACUAGUGUUCAAUAGCAUUUCCAUUCCAGAGGUUGACUAUAAGGCAUCUCUAGGAAGAAGUUUUGAUAGACACUUACACUCCCUUAUUAAUAAGAAUCAACCUUCUCCAAGCAAUGGUGAUUAUAAUACUCCUUCGGCUGGUGCAUCAACGCCAAUCAUUGAAGAUAAUAUUAGCAAUAAGGAAGAUACUGACAUAAGGGAAAUCCCUGCAUCCUUAUACUCUAGCAUGAAUAGCGUAAAUUUGGAACGCGAAAAAGAAAAACUGAAAAAUCACUUGCUUGACCUAGAAAACUUGUUGAAUAAAUGAUUUAUUUUGAGAAAAUU